AGCGCGGUAGCGGAGGGUGCGCUCUUGUCCUCUCCCGUCCUCUAGCCCUUCGCGCUCUUCGCUCUGACACCUGAGGCUCCGGCGUUCCCAUACGGAGCUCCCACACGCGCUCUCACGAGUACUUGCCCCACGGCACUGCGUCCCCACUCCGAACCAUGGGCCGUCAGAAGGAGCUAGUUACGCGCUGCGGGGAGCUGAUGAGGGUCCGGUACGGGCUGCUGCGCCAGGCUCUCGCUGAAUGCCUCGGGACGCUCAUACUUGUGAUGUUUGGCUGUGGCUCCGUUGCCCAGGUUGUGCUGAGCAGAGGGACUCAUGGUAGCUUUCUUACCAUCAACCUGGCUUUUGGCUUUGCAGUCACACUCGGUAUCCUUAUUGCUGGCCAAGUGUCUGGGGCCCAUCUGAAUCCAGCUGUGACCUUUGCUCUGUGCUUCCUGGCGAGGGAGCCCUGGAUCAAGCUGCCUGUCUAUGCACUGGCCCAGACAUUGGGGGCCUUCCUAGGAGCUGGGAUUAUCUUUGGGCUGUACUAUGAUGCAAUUUGGGCCUUUGCUGGUAAUGAACUUUUUGUCUCUGGCCCCAAUGGCACUGCUGGCAUCUUUGCCACCUACCCUUCUGGCCACUUGGACAUAGUCAAUGGCUUCUUUGAUCAGUUCAUUGGCACAGCAUCACUCAUCGUCUGUGUAUUGGCUAUUGUGGACCCUAACAACAACCCAGUUCCCCGAGGUCUUGAAGCCUUUACUGUUGGUAUUGUGGUCCUGGUCAUUGGUACAUCCAUGGGCUUCAACUCUGGUUAUGCUGUUAACCCAGCUCGAGAUUUUGGUCCUCGCCUCUUCACUGCCAUUGCUGGCUGGGGUUCUGAGGUCUUCUCAACGGGUCGGCACUGGUGGUGGGUCCCCAUUGUCUCACCGCUUCUUGGUUCCAUUUGUGGAGUUUUUGUCUAUCAGCUCAUGAUCGGUUUUCACCUGGAGACUCCACCUCCUUCCACAGAGCAGGAGAAUGUCAAGCUGGCUCAUAUGAAGCACAAAGAACAGAUCUGAGUGGAGAGUUACAGCUCCCUCUCCCUCCAGGAUCCCCACUCCUUCCCCUAGGAACUAACACUGAUAGGACUGUGCCAGAGACAUACCCCCAAAGCAGCCAUAGCCUCCACCUCUCUGGUCCCCAUCCCUCCCACUCCUCUGGCCCUGGGAGACCCUUUUCUGAGGGCUAUGUUUAGCAAUAAUGCUACAAAAAAAAAAGCCCCCUCAAACCUCUCUCCCUACCCUAGGGGUUAAUGAAUCCUUGGGAAUCGUGGUCAGUAUGGGUUUACAAUGGAUGUUGGAUUUAAGCCAUGCCCUGAGAUUGCCAGACCUGAAAUAAGAUAUUUGCCAGAACUAAUAAAUCACUUUGAGUUCUUGGGAAGGUUCCUCAGAGGGAGAAGGAGAGGGGAAGACAAUAGCUAGAAGCUCAGCAGAUGUGUGAAAUGGUCUAGAUAUGUGAGAGAUACAAAGGUGUGAAGGUAGUUACAGAUAUAUGAGAACAUUUUAGCCUUGGGAAAGCCUCAGAUUCAUUCAUUCAUUAAUUCAUUCAUUGCAAAUAUGGGAGAAGCUCAAAUGAAAGGGAUUCCAAAUGGAGACAUGUUAGAUGCAUGAAAGGCAGUGCAAAUAUAGGAAAAGUCCAAAUGCGUGUGUAUGUGUGUGUGUGUGUAUGUGUGUGUGUCCAGGUAUAUUAGUGAUUACAGAUGUGUGUCAACUGAGAUAUGUGUGUGUAAGGGGGAGGGUACAUAUAGAUAUAUAUGUCCUAGAAAGGAGAAAGACCCAGAAGUAGAGGAUCUUCCUCGACUUUGGGGAAGGGAGCAUCAGAGAGAGCAGAAAAACCUGUUGAGAGAUAUUAAUUUGCCUAGGGAUGUAUGUGUGUGUUGGGGGGGGACUCACAAUUUGAGGUUUGGAGCUCUGCAUACAGGCAGAAGCCAUGUGCAUGUUCGCAGUCUGAACCAUGACUGAGGGGGUGGGUGCUAAGUACAGGUAUAGGUUUCAUUUUGGCAAAUGUUACACAGCUGGGGUUGGGGGCCUUCCUUCCCAGACCAAUACCUCUUGUUCCUUGCUCCUGGGUGUUCUCAGUCCCUCCAGGCAUUCCCAGGAUGGGUCAAAUGAGGGUGCCUAUUCCUUAAAUACUCCUUAUUCACUGUGUGGAUACCCCCACCCCAGUAUAUUCUUUCUUGUAUUUUUUAAAAUAAAGACAUUUACACAGAAACACAG